ACACUUUAUUCCAAAAAAUGCUGAGCAAACUAUCAGGACCAAUAUUGAUCAUUGGUUUAAGGAUGUUGGAUCCAGGUAAUGAUUAUAGAGAUGUGGACGAGAGGCUCACUCUUCUAUUCCCCUACAACAUUGAGAUCAAGCCACCUGAAGAUGAGACCCACUCCCAACUGGAAGAAGACAUGAUAGUGAUCCAGUUUCAAGACAACAGAAACCACAUCAUGGAGGUACUCAUAGCAAAUGAUCUUGACUGUGAUGAUCUGGGUUCAAUCUGCCUUGUGGAUACGAUGGUUCUCAGUAAUUACAUAGAAGAAAUUUAUUUUUUUCAGGUCAAGUCAUAUUUAUGUGUAUUUAUGUGUUUGACACACAAAAGAAUCCAAGAGCUGACUCUCUUUUGCAUGCUGAGAUCAAUCCUAGGCCCUGACAAUGCCAAGAACAACCACCUAGUGACUUCUCUAUUGCUCAGUUCCGGUUUCUGGAGCGACUACUUGUUGUCCAUGGGCACUAGUGCUAUAAGAGGAUUACCCAAAUGGGGCCUAUUGUUACCACAAUCUGAGCUUUACUGACACCUCAUCCAAUAAAGGAACUUCGAGUAAAGAUGAGCAGUCCCACCUUUUUAUUUUGUGUUCCAUCUCUUCUAGAUUCUUACAUAUUUUGUUUAGAAGAAAUGAUGAAUUGCUGUUGAUCAAUAAGGCGACAUGAGAAAGUUAUUUUUUUCUUUAGGGAGACAUGAAAUAGUUCUUUUCUUUUCUUUGGGGAGACAUGAAAAUUGAAAUAGUGUGGAAGUAGAAAACAGAAAAAAGGAUUUAAAUGUCAUUAUGUUUUGGUGUAUGGUUUAAUUGUUGUACGCUUUUGGGAGUGCAGCAACUAGGGAACUACAUUGGACUAGACAUUACAUAUCUAAGUCCGCAUCAAUAAUGCAUUAGUUUUUGUACUAAAUCUAUUUACAAGCUCUAAUGUUUGGAAUUUGUUUAGAAUUUAGCAACUAUCAGUUCAAAUUCACAGUAAGACACAAAAAUCACAUCUCCAAUCCAAGAAUACAAUCUCGGCUAUCUGGAUUGCUGAUUUUUCACCAGUAUAGGAUGAUUAUAGCUGAAAUGAGGA